AUGCCGCCACCCCCGUCAGUGCGCCAAGCACUUGAGACAGAGGCUGCGGUAGAUCGACGUGCCGUCAGCUCGCGGCGUCGCCGACUCUUGGACGAGCUGGACCACGCCGCUGAGCACUCCAAGGUGGUGACGGGUGGACAAACCGGGUCAACAACCGACAUGUCCACCGCACCAUCUACCACAUACCAGCGCCCGCAUGCCUUGGGUGAGCUGGAGCAGCGCAUGGACACCGUCAACGCCAUGCUCGAUCGCCUCCUGGUGGUCCGCAACAAUGGGAGCGAACCGAGGACUGCGCGGCCACUCGCUGCACCACGCUCGCUAUCACACACGAGUGGGGAUUCACCCUCGCGAGGCACACUUGCGCAUGACCCAGCAGCGAGCCUGCGCGAUGAAAAUCGCUCCCUUCGCCAACAGCUCGAGGAAGCCAUCGCCGUCUUGGAAGAGACACGCACCUACCUCCACCGAGUGCGCCGGCGCGAUGAACCUGCCGCUGCAGCAGAACACCAGCGCUUGACCCAAAGUGAAAACAAACUUCGCACCCUGGGCACGACCGUCCUUGCCGAGGCCGCGGCCAUGCGCACGCUCUUGCACAGCCUUCAAGAAACCUUGCGAGAGGAAAGCAUUGAUCGCCCACAUGCUACCACCAGCGCAUCCAAUCACUCUUUGAGUGAUACCCGCAACCCUCACGUCCUCUACGAAGGCCCGGGCGUUGAAGCCACUUUGAGUGAGAAUCGCCGCCUACGCUCGCAAGCCGCGGCCGCCACUGUGCUGCUGAAGCAACAUCGGGAAUUGCAAGACGCGCAAGCUUCCAUCCGUCAAGACUAUGGCACGGCCCGCGAGCGCAUUCGUGAACUUGAACAAGCGGUGCAAGCUGCUCAUCAGCAGACAGAGCAAUGGCGCUCACGGGCCACAGCCCUGGAGGAAAGUGUCGAUUUGCUCAAAUCUGAUCAACUUCGCUUUCAAACGGAGACGACCCAGGCUCUCGAGAACUCUCUGCAAGAAGCUGAGUCCUACCUCGAACGCUACGAGCACAGCGUUGGUGAAGCCAAGCACCUCCGUUCAGAGCUACUUGAGGCCCGAGACAAGAUGGAAGAGAUGAUGGAAGAUUUACGGCACAACCAAGCGCAGCAGGAACACCUGCAAUCCACGAUUGCCGCGGCGCAAGACGACCUUCGCGAUCGCGAUCGAACCAUCGCGCAACUCAAGCUUCAAUUGGAGACGGAUGGCUUUCGCCGACGAGCCCUUGAGCAGCAGCUCGAACAACAACGCCGCUUGUUUACGCACCGUUCCCCGCGGCGCAGCUCACCCGAAAGGCCGGCGCCCCAUUCGCCACACGAUGAGCCGCGCUUUGCUCAAGAGUACGAGCAGACAGUCCUCGACUCGCCAGGCACCUUUCAUCUGCACGAGCUCGACAAUGACACUUCUGCCGAGGCCAUGCGGACUACGCAGACAUACUCAUCCUUGGCCAGCAGCUCAGCUUCGGUCCGCUCUGCCACCUUGACUUCUCUCGAUGCUGAGAUUAGUCAACUCAAAGCUUCCCUCUCCGCCAUCACCCAUACACCCACGUCCAGCUUUCCCUCGUCAUAA